CUAACUAGUCUGCGUACGGGAGUUGACUAGCCUGUUCUCUGCGUUCUAGCCUCAUCUUCACUUCCUUCCUCUCUCUCUCUUCCUCCCUUCCUCCCUCCCUCUCCCUCUCCCUCUCUCGGAUCGUCCCCAUCCAUCCAUUCGUUUGGUUUGUGUUCUCAAUCUUCUUUCCGGUUUGGGUGUUUCUGUGUCACGACCCUCCCGCCACGAAAACCUUCCUUUACUCCCCCGGUCAGGAUUUCUUUGAUGGGACACUUUGCGUCUUUCUGCCCCCAACUCUGGAUUCUUUCCACCACCUCCAACCUCUCCAUCUUCCGUGAGAACCAUAUUCGGACCGUCCAAUAACGCCCUCGAAUUCGUAUCUCCGUUUUUACCCUCUAUUUACCGGCCCAUUGUUCGCAUCGCAGUCGAUCCAGUGUUCGCCGCAUCCUUCACGACCCGUUGACGCCACCAUCUCCAAUCUUCCAAUCCACCCCCUUUUUCCUUCGAUCCCGCGGCUCCUCGUCGGUUUCGCCCUCCGUCUUGCGCUCCACGUCGAUACCUGGUUGUGGACUUCAUCCGCUUCGGUUCGGGGAUUGUCGCCUCGGAUCCUUGUAGCGCUCUCCCUCCCGUCCUCAGCGCUCUCAAUUCAUCCCCGAAAAUGCUACUCCCCAAGGGUGGUGUAACGUGGAAGUCCACCAGAUCCAGGCUCCCCCCCUGGCGGGCUCUCCUGGUGUUGGUGACGCGAACCCGGUUUCUGGCCUCGCUGGCCAUCACCGGGAUGAUUAUCUUAUUAUGGCGCGGGGUCACCAGGUCGGCAUCGGGGAUGCAAAGCUUCUACUGUUAUGGUCCCUCCAAAUCGCCCAUGGAGAUGUCCACCAACGAGAUGGUCCAGUGGAGCUCCCACAUGCAGACCCCGGUCAUCUUCAACAGCCACCAGCCCUACGAAGUGAACAAUACGAGCAUCGAGCGCAUGGACCUGAAUCCCGUCAAGUCCACCCCGCAGGCGGUCGCCAAUUCCGAACGCGUGCUCCUCCUGACGCCUCUCAGAGACGCCGCCCCCUACUUGUCCAACUACUUUGACCUGCUCUACAAAUUGACCUAUCCUCACCACCUCAUCGAUCUGGCCUUCCUGGUCGGCGACUCCAAGGACGAUACCCUGGCCGUCUUGAGCGCCGAGCUGCAGCGCAUCCAGGACCAGGGCGGUAAGGUCGCCUUCCGCAGUGCUACCAUCGUCGAGAAGGAUUUUGGCUCCGAUAUUGAGAUGAACGUGGAGGAUCGGCACUCGUUCGCCGCCCAGGGCCCACGCCGUCGGGCUAUCGGUCGCGCCCGCAACUAUCUGCUGUAUUCCGCGCUGAAGCCCGACCACUCCUGGGUGUACUGGCGCGACGUCGACAUCGUCGACAGCCCCGACAAGAUCCUCGAGGACUUCAUGGCCCAUGAUCGGGAUAUCCUCGUUCCUAACAUCUGGUUCCACCGGUAUAACAGCGAUGGCGUUGACAUCGAGGGUCGUUUCGACUAUAACUCGUGGGUGGAAUCGGACCAGGGACGCCGGUUGAAGCAGCAGAUCGAUCCCAACACUAUUCUGGCCGAGGGGUAUAAGGAAUACGCCACCGGCCGGACCUACAUGGCGCGCAUGGGCGACUGGCGGAAGGACAAGGAUGAGGAACUGGAACUGGAUGGCAUCGGCGGUGUCAACAUCCUGGUCAAGGCCGACGUUCACCGAACCGGUAUCAACUUCCCCGCAUAUUCGUUUGAAAACCAGGCCGAAACCGAGGGCUUUGCGGCGAUGGCGAAGCGCGCCGGAUACCAAGUCUACGGCUUGCCGAAUUACGUGGUUUGGCAUAUCGACACGGACGAGAAGCCCGGGAACGCCUAAUCGCGCCACCCGAGGACUCUCCGGGUUAAUCAAUUAACGCCCCCGUCCGGGUCCGCGACCCGUUCCGUUACGCCUGCCUCCGUGUCCGAGAAUCAAUACCCCUAAUUUGUGUAUCUCCGGCGCAUAUCCUCUAGGUCUAUGCAUGGAGAUGCGCCUUGCGCUGUUUCAUUCGGUUCAUUGCAUCCAUAUUCGACAUGGGGGAACAUCCAUCGCCUCCCCCGGCUCCAUAAUCAGUGUCUUAUUUCUUUUCUUUUGAUGUUGUGGGAUGUUACGUUUGAUUCAUGGCGCAUGGGAAAUGUUUGUUUAGCGUUGGAGUCAUAGAGAGACGAUUGAUCUCUUAUGAACCCCUAGUGAUGAUCUCGGUGGUGUCUGUCUCUUUACCCUGCUGUGACAGGAAUUGCACGCGGUCAGACACCACCGCGAUUAAAACCGAUCAUAUCUUUCAUAUUGUUGUAGCGGGAUCUGCCGCAGUGCCUGACACCUUGUACAUAUCUAGGCCGGAAAGUGGGAUGAAGAACCGUUGGCUAACCAGCCUGUCCGUGCCGAGCUGCAUGUAAUAACUCCGAUCUGCCCAACCAGUACGGAGUACUCCGUAUAACCACGCGAAUCAACGAGCAGUGGGUCCGCCCUCGAGUCUGUAGCAUAUAAAUGGUUAUAUGCCUGAGGCAAAAAACCGGCAAAUUCCCC